AUGUCGGGCCAGUCGUCCUCUGCUGGGGACAAAAAAACCCAGAGUAGGAUUGCGGCUGCCCUACAGGCUAUUCUGCAACGACUUCCGUUGAUCUCCCACAUCGUCAUGCUCAUUCUCGCUCUGUACGGGCCCACCCAAUUCCAGUACCAAGUCGCCUUCGUGUUCUUUACUCUCCAUAUUGUCCUCGUAAGCAGCCAGUUUAGAACUGCUUAUGGAGUGAUUAGAUGUCUUUACUAUAUUCGUCAACAUUAUCAAACUAAUUGGUGGAACUAUUACCUAGAACAUUCCAAGAAUGCCCAUCCUUCAGCCCUAGAGACUACCCACACCCCCAAGACCCUCCCCCACCUCAUUGUCAUUCCAUCCUACAAGGAGUCCGUGGCGACUCUGACCCAGACCCUGUCUAUCCUUGCCUCGCACCCUAUCGCCAAGGCCACUUACAAGAUUUGUCUCGCCAUGGAAGAGCGAGAAGCGGGCUCGCGUGCCAAGGGCGAGUCCCUCCGGGCCCAGUUCCAAGACUCAUUUUUGGAUAUCUCCGUGUCCGUCCACCCGUCUGGCCUUCCUGGUGAGUACCUGCUCUCGACUCCUGAAAAGCGCGAACGCAUGAUGUUUGUCCCGCCCAUCAUCUUUGACCGCAACCAGGCAGAUGUUCCCGGAAUAACCCGUAUUACCGAUAUUAUUGGUAUUGGUGGCAUUUACCCAUCGUCGCUCGUUAAGAUCCCCACCUCUGCCUACUCUGUCUCUGUUGGUCUCGCCGUCCAGAUUGGCUUCUGGGAUACUGGCGCGGACGCUAUCGGCGAAGACAUGCACAUGUUUUGCAAGUCCUUGCUCGACAUGCGUGGCCAUCUCCACGUCGAAACCAUCUAUUCUCCGGCAAGCCAGUGCAAUGUGAUUGGUCCACGACCACAGUUCGGCACUCAGUCCAAAUGGCAACGCUUCAUGGGUGAUAGCCGUGCCCGCUGGACUCAGGGCGUCCGUCAUUUGUGGGGAUCACUCGAUACCGCGUACGUCUGGAGCCGAUUCUUGACUGGUGACUUUGGCGUUAGCCCGCAAAGAGAAGCGGAACAUCGUCUUGCUCGUCUUGAAAUGCGCAAGCACAUUCAACAGGACCGCAUUAACAAUCUCGAUGCUACGGACCGCUAUGCCAGCGACUCGGACUAUAACGUUAAUGAUUAUUUCAGCCGCUCCAAGACGACCCGUGUUCGCCUCCAGGUCCGUACCGAGGAAGCCAGCGAAAUGGACAUGUACAGGAAAAAGGGUGGCAGUCACCUUCCCGGCCGCCACGUGUCUCGCUUACCCGCCUGGGCUCACAGCCCAGGUGUGAUGGACACCGAAUCUUCCGCCUCGUCCUUCAUUUCCGGCGACACGAGCCCACCAUCCCCCAUUGACACGCAGUCUGACUACUCGUUCUCGUCUGUCGGUGAUGAUGGCUCGCCCACCAACAUUGAU